AUGACAUAUCCACGGUAUCUCUCGAUCAAAGCUGCGAUCCUUCGCCUGAAUGCGACAAAAAUCAAAAUUCAUAUUUAUGAGAGCGGUCUCGACACCGACAACAGGUGGUGGCGCCAGAUUGCAAGUCAUGUCACACUGGUUCCCGAAGUAAGACCACAAUUCGGUCCUCAUGGCUUACCGAUACAGAGUGUGCGCUUGGAGCAUCAGUCCGAUCUCGUGCGCUUGGCGGUUCUUGCGCGCGAGGGUGGUAUAUAUCUUGACACGGACGUCUACGUCUUGAAGCCUUUCACCGACCUCUUGUCCAGCACUCGAGAUGUUCUGAUGGGACAUGAAGGCGGGAACCGAUACGGACUCUGUAAUGCUGUGAUCAUCUCCCGUCCGAACAGCGCUUUCAUCUCGAAAUGGCGAGCGAGCUAUCGUACAUUCGACCCGAAAGGAUGGAACCAGCAUUCGGUGCAGAAGCCGAAGCAACUCCAAGUGCAAUUCCCCGAGUUGAUAUGUCCACUCUCACCAGCUGUGUUCUUUUGGCCGACUUGGGUGAAGAAGCAUAUCUUCUACAUGCACGAACCGAUCAGUCAAGACGAGAAGAACCUUCUUCAAGCGAACAUGACAGCUUUCGAUGGAGUUAUGUACGAGGAUCAGUUAGUAGUGCAUGCUUGGGGUCGCGAGGCCCGUGAGUAUUUGUCUGUGCUUUCGCCGGAAACGAUCCGAAAUGACACCCGGUUCAAUGUACUUGUACGCGACAUUGCCAUGGCUGAGCUUUGA